UUUAAAUAUAAGGGUUUUAAAAAUUACACAGUUGAAAAUGCUUUGACAUCCAUGUGCACAACAGAACAUGUGCUCGAAGAACAAAUUGAGAUUUGUUUGUUGAGAUGUCACAUUUUAAAAGUUAUUUUUUUCUGAAGAAAGGUCUUUUAUUUUCCUGCAUUUUCUUCGAACAAUACAAUGUUGCUGUGACAUUAAAGGGAAAAAAAAGUAUUCCUAACAUUUUUUUCUUGUUUUCAAAGCGUAUUUCGUGCCAACAUGACCAUGUAUAAGCUCAGUAGCCUAUCACCAAUGGAAUAUGUGGGAAAUUGUUUAUAAAAUCUAAUUUUUAAUAUUUAUGUGGCUCGAAAAUGACAGAAUCUAACAAACUGUGAUGUAUUAUAGGCUAUCGUAAAAUAAUAACUCAUGACUUCGAAAAUGACAGAAUCUAACAAACUGUGAUGUAUUAUAGGGCAGUGCAUACGGCGGUUGCUAUGAUAAAUUUUUCUAAGUCUUUGACGUUUCGUGGCCUUGUUGUUUACGAUUUGGACUUGGGAAAAUUUCGUCGGCUUUCCUUAGGCAGUGUGAUUGAAUUCAAAAGGAAUUAUCGGCGGUUCCCGUCUACAAUCGUCCAUUACAGUAUCGCUGCCUGUCAGGACUUCGGAUCGACGAUUCACGCCGACAAGGUCAAGUUCCAAAUCAACUUGGAUGUGCAGCAACUUAGAUAUUUUGGUGAAGGCCUUCGACCAAGCCUCCGACAACGCAUCAUCAUCAUCGAGGGGGACACAUCAAGAAGCAGGACGAUUAUGGAUACCUACAUCUCCCAAUACUUCAUUCAGCGCUACUCCCUUCCACCGGAACUCGAUUUCAACCAGAUCAAUUCGUCGAUUUCGUCGCACGGCAUCUUGACGAUUUCGGCUCCGAAGAGGGCAGUUGCGGAUGCGGAAGGCCACAAGUCGAUUCCGAUCGUUCAGACAGGCCAACCGCUGAAGAGAAUCAGUGUCGAUCACGUAAAGAAGGAGAGCAUAACCCACAAAUCUUAGUGGAGUGGUGGUCUUUUAUUGUUGCAACAAUUUACAUGAUCAGGACACAUUGUUCGCAUAGUACUUGUUAAAAAUAAGCUGAAUAAAUGAUAUCAAUUAGUGAUUGAA